CCUAGUGUCCCCAUCACUACUUUUUGGAAACUCAUCAUUCGAAAGUGGACAACGACGAGCAGCUGUUUUCGGCAACAACGUACAAUCCCAUCGGCCGUUGAGAGGUCCUUCGAAGCACGCACACAUUCCGGUUUAUUUACCCUCGGAACAAUGCCGGAGGAUGGCAACGCCAACGACAGAAAAACAACACCAGCGAAUGAUUCACGUCCCGGCAACAACUCCGAGGUAGCAGUGGUUUUGCUGUCCGGACUCCCCGCUAGCGGAAAAAGCACCCUUGCGAAGAGCCUGGAGGCGCGGUAUAAUCGUUGUGCCGGAGAUGCCGACGAGCCCGGUCGCCGGCUGAUUCACAUCGAGUACGACGAGCUGGAAGAUUCCCUUCUCCCUCCGAACGGAGACGCGGAAGAAAGCAACGACACCGCGAGCCGGCGACGAGAUGCGUGGAACCGAGCCAGAGAAAGCGCUUUGGAACGGAUGGAGCGAGAGCUCCGCACCCUGGGGAACGAGAGAGGCUUGCCUCCAUCGCCUCUGCCACCCGAUGGCUCGGGCGGCGCUCUUGCGAGCCACGUCGUCCUCAUGGACGACAACUUUCACCUCCGGGGGAUGAGAAAACAAAUCCAUCGCCUGCUCCUCGGAUACCGACCGAUCCGGUUCGGAAUCCUCCACCUCGACACGCCCCUGGAAGUCUGCCUCGAACGGAACCGCAAUCGAUCGGGGAGGCGAAGGGUUCCCGACGACGUGAUUGUCAAAAUGGCAACGGUUCUGGAACCCCCGAGAGCGGCGUGGGAGGCGGGUUCGGCAAUGACCAUCGUUGGUGGUAGCGGCGAGGAUCCAGGGGAAGGCAAGACACUGGAGGACAUUGUCCGUUUCCUGGAGCAGUGCCCGGCCAUCGUCGAGGUUCCCCCGGAAGCCCCGAUCGAUCCAGAGCAACUGGCCGCCGAUCGCGCCAGAACCCGGGAGAGCCGGGUCCACAACCUGGACAGGCUGCUGCGGGCGUGCGUCGGGACCGUGGCRAGGUUCGACAAGAGGCGCGCCGGUGCGGCGAACGCCGCGAGGAAGAAGCUCAUGGAGGACUUCAGGGCGGGUUGCAUCGACUUUGCGACGGUCGACAGCGGGGACGGGGGCGUCGCGGAUGCCUUUCUGGACCUGGUCGUUCCGAUGGAGCCUCCGGAUGCGAACACGAAUGCAAACACCGCGGAUGCGGAUAGUACGAAUCCGGAAGAAUAUGGUUCCGAUGCUCACGCUCCGUCUACAAAGAGGUCGCAACUCGGGGAACUCUUGAACGAAAUCAAAAUACAAUAAACUAGUAUUCUUUUGGAUUUAACUGCCUUUGCCGCAACGUGUUGCG